GAAUUGAUUUCCCGCUCCCCACCCAGCAAUUCAAAACAUAUAGAAGGUUUUCACCAUGAUAAAGGGUUUGAGUGCCCCCCCCGUGCUACACUGUGAAAGGCGGCUUUCAUUUUGACAGUUGUUGAGGAAGCAGCCAUUCAGCUGUACCCUCCCUCCUUUCCCACUGUUAGGAGUAAGAACUACGCUUGGACAGUUAACUAACGUGUAGAGCAGCAUCAGGUGACGCUAAAAAGUGAAGACUUUGUAAUGGGCAGUGAAGACGGAGAAGGGAUAGUGACACAGAAGAAGGAAGUAGAAAGUGAUGUUCAGUUGGAUCCCUCUAAUCAAGAUGGCACCAGAAAAAUUGUGCCUGGCAUUAUUUAUCUUGGUCACAUCCCUCCUCGCUUCCGGCCUAGGCAUGUCCGUAACUUGCUUAGUGUGCAUGGUGAAGUGGGACGUAUUUUCCUACAGCCUGAAGAGCGAUUUAUACGAAAGAAAAAGAAGAAAGCAGGUAGUAAUGCCAAGAACUUCACUGAAGGCUGGGUAGAAUUCCGGGAUAAGCGUGUAGCAAAGCUGGUAGCUGCCAGUUUGCACAAUACACCCAUGGGUGUCCGCAGGAAGAGCCAGUUCCAUUAUGAUCUGUGGAAUAUGAAGUAUCUGCACCGCUUCAAGUGGACUCACCUCAGUGAGCGGCUGGCGUAUGAGCGGCAGGUGCGGCAGCAGCGCAUGCGUGCUGAAGUUUCACAAGCCAAGCGUGAGACUAAUUUCUACCUGCAGAAUGUAGAGAAGAGCAAGCGCUUUUCAGAAAAAAGCAGCCGGGCAGAACAGGAGGAAAAGAGCUGGGGCUUUGUCCAGCGCCGUACUGAGGAGGAAAUCCAGACUAGCAAAGGGAACAAGCGUCUCAAACAGCAGCUGGCCCGAGCUGCUGAGAUCCAGCAGAAAUCCCAGUCAAACAGCGCUCUGCUAACCAAGAUCUUCAAUAUCCAGCACUAGUGCUGGCCAUGUGGAAUGCAGAACUUGCUGAUCCUGGUGAAGCUGUUGGCUGCUGGGUUUCUACAAGCCAAUCAGAUUAAAUCCAUCAUCAAAUAUACUGGGGGGCAGGGGGAGCUCAUUUUGCAUUGCCAAUUGCAUGGCACAUUUUAUAUACAUGCUGUGGAUGUAAAACUUCUUGAUCUUUCUGCUGUGGAGAACCUCUCUUUGGAGAACACUACAGCUUUGCCUGAACAGCUUGAGAGCUUUCCUCGAAUGGCAUGAGAGCUUUCCCCUGUGGGGAUUUGGCAGGAAUUAAUUCUUUUGUUUUUGUUCCCUUGGUGACUGGGUUUGGUGCUGGCUGCCCCAUCCUGCCAAUCUCUGAAUCAAGUUCAGAAGUUAAUCCACUAGAUUAUAUGUUCUAAAUUGGAUGACACUGUGGUGACGGGGAGCUGAACCCAACUAGAAUCUAGUUGCUAAUAUGAAUAAUGAACCUUGAUUCUCAUUUAGAAAUCAAGGGGGAAUAAAGGAACAGGCCAAACUCCCUUCUGUGGAACUUGAUACACUCUGUCAAACAUCCAAGACAUUUCAGUUCUCUGUCUCCAUUUGCAACACUGAUCCAAGGUGCUUUGAAAUGGGAAAUGUUAAAGCAGGAAUUCUUGGUGCCAUGGUGACAUUAAGGUGAUAACAUUGUUAAGUCAACCUACAUCAGUUGAUAUUUGAAACAAAUGUCUGGGGUAGGACUGCAAGGCUAAAAAGAUUGUGUUCCCAAGAAAUACUGAGUUGAGUGUAGGAUUGCUUGACCGUUUUAAGAUCUUGUCCAAAGAAUGUGGUCUAACACGACUAGAAUUAUUUCCAUCUGUUUCCGAGAGAGAAAACUGGCACUAAUUCUAAAUAAAAUACAAUAAAAUUUAAUUCUAACUGAAA